CUUUUACAUUUGCAUUUUUAGUUCCUUUCAAUCUCUUUUUCCUUUUGCCCAUUACUUUCCCUUAUGUUUUCGUAGGUAAAUUUGAAUAUCAAGUGAGCCGCUUGUACAGUUUCGAAAAGUAAUGGCCGAUCUGGAUGAAAUUCGUAGAGUGUAUGAGAUGUUGGAUGAAAAUGGAGACGGAGUGGUGAGCGUGGGUGAAGUGUGUGGGUUCAUCAACAAGCUUGGAAUAUCAAUAUCGGAAGAUGAUGUGAGAUCUACACUGAACAAAUCUCUUCAAGAGGAUUGUUGUUCCCUGCGAUUUGAGGAAUUUCUAGAGUUUUAUCAAUCCAUCUUCAAUCACCAAGAUGAUGAAGAAAAAGACGAGUCCGAGGAUUUGAUGGAGGCGUUCAGAGUUUUUGAUGAGAACAAAGAUGGAUACAUAUCAUGUAACGAGCUUCAGAACGUGUUGUCGACAAUGGGAUUGAUUCCACAGGGACAAGAUACGCAAAACUGCGAGAAAAUGAUAUGCAGUUUUGAUACAGAUUGUAAUGGAGCGUUGGAUUUCUCUGAAUUCAAAACUAUGAUGUCCUCUAAGAUUUCACCAUAAGGAACCGUUAUUCCUUCUUGCCAGCGUUUAUGUUUAUUGUAUAUGUUGACCACAUAUCAUUCAAUAGCUUAGAUGGUAGAACAGUGUAUUUUAUAUUAGAGAUCACAUAUUUGAAUGUACGAGCAGAGUUGUAAAUGUCAAUCCGGAAAAGCAGUCCACAUAACCAAUACCAUUAUUAUUAUAUUUUUU